AUUCCCGAGCCAGCGCCUGACCAGGUGCAAGUGAAGAUCCAUGCUACGGCGGUAAACCCUGUCGACUACAAGAUAUUUGACUAUGGCAUGUUCGUCACCGUCCUGCCAACCGUACUUGGUACGGACGCUGCUGGGGAAGUGACCAAAGUCGGGGGAAACGUCAGCAACUUUCGUAUCGGCGACAGAAUUCUGUUCCAAGGACAGUAUAACUGCCAAGGCGAUUAUAGCAAUGGAGACAAAGCGACCUUCCAGCAGUUCUGUCUUACCGAUGCUGACCUGGCCUCCAAGAUACCACCGUCGUUGGACUAUGACUCGGCAUCGACAAUCCCGGUCGGCAUUGUCACAGCUGCUGCCGGACUUUACGACCUCUCCCUUGGCCUGACUUCUCCCUGGAAGCCGGGAGGAGAAGGCAAGUAUAGAGGUCAGGUGAUGGUCGUCCUCGGCGGCAGCUCGUCCGUCGGGAGCUACACCAUCCAACUGGCGGCGCUUUCCGGAUUCAAAGUGAUCACUACAGCAUCAGCGUCCCACGAGACGUACCUGAAAUCCAUAGGCGCGAGCACUGUCAUUGACCGCAAGUCAAGCACCCUCGUCGACGACGUCCUGGAGGCCGCGGGAGGAGAGGUGAGGUACUUGAUGGAUGCAAUCGCACUCCCCAACACGCAGAAGAACGCCGUGGAUAUCGUAUCGCCCGGAGGAAGUGUGAUCCUCACUCUCCCCGCAGAGCAGAGCAUUAUGAUCUCAGCAAUGAAGAAGCGAGUACGGUUGCGAGGUUGCCACGGCGCAUCGCACAUGUACCCGGACAGUAUAGGAUUUUGGGCGGCCAUGGAAGGGUACCUCGAGCGAGGAGUCAUCAAGCCUAACAGGCCACAUGUUCUGCCUGGUGGUUUGGCCUCUUGGAAGGAAGCUUUUGAGCUGCACAGAAGCGGCAAGGUGAGCGGCGAGAAGAUCGUCCUGAGGCCUCAGGAGACG